AUGACAACCCAUUUACACCGACCAUAUCGCGAGCCGAACCACACUCAGGCAUGGCUGAUUGGCAGUGGUAUCGCGUCCCUCUCAGCAGCAGUGCACUUAAUCAAUGAUGCCAAAGUUCCUGCCGCCAACAUCCACAUUUUGGAUCUACAUUCCGGGUCUGGGGGUGGAAUGAACCCGUCUGGCGAUGCAGAAAAUGGCUAUUUUCUUCCGUUUGAAUGCCAUCCGCAUUUUUACGGCAGUUGCUUGGAGAAGCUCCUUUCUGCUGUCCCAAGCCAGACCGAAGCUAAUAAAUCGAUUCUGGAUGCGAUCCGGAGCUCUGGGCAAUUCCAACGGCCACCCCCGCAGGACUAUGCUCUUGCGAGAGCACUCAAGCAGGGAGAGUCGGGCCCAGAAGCGGUUGAUACGAAAGGCAUCCACAUUGGAGUGAAGAAUCGAAUGGCUUUGAUAAGACUUAUGCUGGAGAGUGAGAAGAUGCUUGGGUCGCAUACCAUCAAGGAUAUGAUGGAUGAAUCUUUUUUCGAGACAACAUUCUGGAUGCUCUGGGCCACAUCUUUCUCACUUCAGCCGUGGCAUAGUGCUGUUGAGUUUCACAGGCAUCUUCGAAAAUACCUAGAGGAUAUUCAGUCCCUCAAUAAUUUGAAGACUUCGAAUCGAACGGAGUACAAUCUCUACGAGUCUCUUAUAGUGCCCAUUACAGCCUAUCUAAACAAUGAAGGCAUCGACUUCCGCUUCAAUACCGAAGUGACAAAUAUCAGAAUAAAUCGUGAGGAACAGCCACACAUAGCCACUGAGAUUGAGCUACUCGAAGAUGGAACAGAGCACUACGUCAGAAUAGAACCUACUGAUGUUGUGGUCAUCACUUUGGGAGCAACCAGCAGUGGUGCGGCUUUAGGGACAAACAACUCUCCACCUCCAAACUUGUCCUCGGGAUGGGAAGAUCGGAUGCUCUGCGACUGGCGCUUAUGGCAGAAACUCUCUCAGGUAUCUCCUAACUUCGGAGACCCCACUAACUUUCUAUCACAGAGUCUCAGGUCCGCCGUGGAAUGCUUUACCACCACUUUCAAGGGCCCCGAAUUUAUGAAAUUAUAUGAGACGCUUACCCACGAUCGGCCAGGGACAGGUGCAUUAGUGACACUGACUGAAACCAACUGGUCAAUUACACUCAGUAUCCCUCACCAACCCGUCUUCCAUGGCCAGGCAAACGAUGUCAAUAUUGUCUGUGGUUAUGCCUUGAGUCCACUCAAUGAGGGAAACUACGUGAAAAAGCCAAUGUAUGAGUGUUGUGGGGAGGAGAUUCUUACAGAGGUUCUCUCCUGGCUCAGAUUCCCUAUCGAGUCCAUUCUACCCAGUUCUAAAACCAUUCCAUGCGGAAUGCCUUUGGGCACUGCUCCAUUCCUAACACGUGGCGAUAGGAGCCGUCCGCAAGUCAUUCCGGAUAAUACUGGUAACAUUGCUUGCGUUGGCCAAUUUGUCGAGAUUAUGGAUGACACCACUUUGAACAUGGAUUAUAGUGUGCGCGGGGGACAGAUUGCUGUGACUGAGUUAAUGGGCUUGCCGGAGAAACCAGAAAAGCUCAAGAAGAGCUUACUCCUCGAGAUAUUUGAUUUGAUAAUUUGA